AUGGCCCCGAAGAAUCAGAUCCUGCUCCUUGCAAUCUCUGCCUUUCUCCUCCUCACAUCUGGAGGUAAGGUCCAUUGACAAGGGAUUGGAGAAGGAUUUUCACACAGAAAGCAAUUCCUAAGCGAAGACCUGGCAAAGAAAGGAAUCUCAUUUCAAAAAAUGGAGAAAAAAAUUCAAAAAAUUUCAAAAAAUUGGCAGGGCCAAUUUAGGCGUCAUAUUUGUUUGUAGUAGAAAAACAUGAGGGAAAUUUAGCCAAAUAUUCAAUCCAAUCCAGCUGUAUGUAAAAAAUUAUCUGCUGGAAUUCAGUGUCUAUAUAUGUAUGCAGAAAGCUGGCACAGUACUGGCAAAAGAUAGGAGUUCAUUAAAUCAUAAGGUAGGUUCCAACUGAGGAUGUUUCACCCCUCCCAUUGCAAGAAUCUGCUGACAAUGUUUCAGAAAGGAGGGGGCGAAUUUUGCUCCUCGCUUCUUCCGCUCCAGCCUGUGGGGGUCUGAGUGUAUAUAGAUAAGGUGACUGCUCAAGCAGCUGUAAUACUCAUGCAGUCCAGCGUCUCCGAUUAGUUUUUAGUCAGUUUAUGCAGUAGCUGUAGAGAAUAAAUGAAGUUAUACUUCAGAGCUGUCGUUCGUGUGGUUCAUACCUGCUGUGCUCCGCUGACUUUUGGUACUGAGUUUGGUGCUCACAGCUCUAAGUUGUGAGUCCACAGCACUUAGACCUGCUCCAUGCAGUGGAAGGUCUCUGGAAGUGCUUUCCCAGCUCACCUGGCCCAGUCGGGGCUGAAGAGGUUGAGCCCAGUUGUUGGCACUGGCUCAAAGGUGAAGCUGACACCAACAAAGUCAUCUGUUAGUGCAAGGAUUCUGCCUCAGAUGCAAACUGUUGCUUGCUCAGUGCUCAUGGCCCAUGUCCAAGUCCUCUCUCUAUUCCGAUCACUUCCUCUAGUCAUUCAACCUCUUUCUUCCUUAGUGUUCCUUAACUACAUUCCUCUUCUUGUCGUGCCAGUUGAAGCUGGCACGACAGGCAAAAGACAGGAGUUCAGUAAAUCAUAAAGUUGGUUCCAGCAAAGCCAUCCCAUUAGUGCAAGGAUUUCUGCCUCAGAUGCAACCUAUUGCUUGACACAGCUCAAUGCUCAUGGCCAGGGUCCAAGACCUCUCUCCAUUCUGAUCACUUCCUCUGGUCACUCAACCUCUUUGUUCCUUAGUGUUCCUUAACAACAUUCCUCUUCUUGUCUGUCAGCCCACUCGACCUCACAGCUUAAACUUCCCUGUUAUGUCUGAACAGGUCCUUCUUUCUCUAGUCAAGUGUUCUUCAAACUUGGGUCAGCAGAUGUUGUUGGGUGGAUAACAUCCUCUCAAUCUCCCUAGUCAGCUUAGCCAAGGGUCAGGGUCCAGGGAUGAUGGGAGCUGCACUCCAACAACAUUUAAGGAUCCAUAGUUGAAGAACAAUGCUCUUGUUCCUUUGAUCCACAGACUUCAGUCAAGAUGAGUUUCUACUUCCUCACAAAAGCUAAAUUCUUUAUGCAAUGGCAUGACAGUGACUCAGCCAGAAGGGAAAGCCCAGGGAUGAUGAAAAUGGGUGACAUUUCACCUGGAUGACCUCUGGCCUCAGGGUUUCUUUUCUGCUGUAUACAUGAAGUAUUGUAACAAAAUUUGUCAGCUAAGGUUGUUUGGUCCUUUCUUAGCUGAGAUUUGGGUUGGCAAGAGAUUUGAUCAUGUACAUUUUGUCUUCCAAAGCAGAUGCUUUGUUAUGUACAAAAGGCAAAACCAAUGUUGUAACCAGUGAGGCUAGUGAACGAACUGCCUGUCAAGUGUCGUCUGGACCACAUGCCUGCAUUACCAUGCAGGAGUUUAGAGGUAAUCUAUAUUCCAGAGCUCCAACUGCAUAUACCCAAACUGUUGGAACUCUUCUCCCCAAACUUUCUCUUCUUUUGUUUUUAUAAAACAAAGAGGGAAUUCUUGCUGCAAAAAUACUAGUGUUCUAUCAAAAGAUGGUGAGGGGGGAAUACAGUCCAAGAAGCCCACUGUUAGGCCUCUCCUUUUUCCUGCCUAUUGAAGCCGCACAGCACAGUCUCAGAUCCUCCCACUUUGGAGGAUUUGAGCCUGGAUGGUUGGUUUUCACACUUUCAUGAAUGUCUUCCUUGCAUGCAGGGAAUCUUUUUGCAAAGCAGCAGAACUGCACAGGGUCCUCCCACAUAAAGACAAGCUAGAUUGAUCCUGCAAGGUGCACGCCUUGGUCCAAAGUACAGCAUGUUUGUCUUGGGCCAGGGUUAAAGUCCUCUCUGAGCAGUGGACCCUUUUCCCCUUAUCUCAUCUCUGGAGGAAGGAGAAUGCGAGUAGCUUACUCAAGGUGUAUCUCAUGAGGACAUGCAAAUUUUAGACAUUUUAUGUUGGCUGGUUUUAAGGGGGGGGACAACCCACGAUCCACUUUAUUUAUUUAUUUUUAAUUGAUUUCUUGACAACAACAAAAAGUGCAAACAAGCAAAACAAAUUAUCAGAAUUUUAAACCAUAUAGCAUCACAGCCUGGAAGACCAAAAUACAAAGAUACAGUGUGCCUCCAAAGGGACAAUAAAAUAUGAACUCAUAUAAAGAUUCCUUUUACAAAUAAUAAAGAGUAUUCGCCAUCUGUGAGUUCCAUUAUUAUUGAGAAUAAAAGUUCAAUAUAGCCUUAAAUGAACCAGCCAUUUGCAUAUACUGACGACACAAAGUGAUCAUGUGCCUCAGUACAAGUACUGUAUAGGAAAUAAAAUGUAUGAAAUAUAUGAAAAAAGUCAUUUGAGCUGUGCCUUUAAGAUACUUUAGUUUAUGAGAUACCUAUUCAAGAAGGGCAAUUUGUCAAACCCUUUCUUUCCUUAUUUUCUCUCUGGAUCUCGUUCUAGGAGGAACGCUGUCUGUAAUACACCAAGACUGCUGUCACAACUGUAAGCCACCUGUAACUAGUACAUUUUGUGGUAUCAAUGAAGAAUUUCCAGAAAACGACGCGGCCAUCAAAAUUGACUGCUGUGACGAUCGUGACUAUUGUAAUAUAAUUGGAGAUGGGCAAUAA